UUCGUGACUUUGCAGUCAUCUCACAGGUCUGCAAUUGUUGGUGACUUCGGCAUGUUCUCAACAAUCUACGGCCUGGAAUCAUCUGCAGUGAAGAUGAAUCUCUUCCUCCUCCUGAGUGGCGCAGUAAUUGGGCUGUCCGUCUCUGCGAAAAUUGAGACCGAUAAUCCGAUUUGUAAAACGCCGCCAAGUGGUGAAAAUCUUGGAGAUGCUCACGAUGGAUGGGCAUACUAUUCCAGUGUCGACCGUUGUGGAAAAGAGAAGUUUAAAUCUAACGAUUUUUCAGGAGAAACAAAUCAAUUUGCGACCGAAAUUCAGUGUAUUCAAACGUGCCGGACUCACCUAAGACAGUUCUGCAACAUCACCGCACCAAAGCGUAACAGGAAAGAAAAUCUUCCCAUGGCCACGUACGACAGCAACCUAGGCUAUUGUAUUGAAGCCCCUGGUCGUAGAGAAGACGAGGGCAGGGAGAACCUUUUCGUGCGUAACGUAACCUGUAUGACUGUUUGCGCGGGUAAAGACUCGGGAAAAGAAGAGUAUCCGAAUGGAUGUUGA